AUGGCCGACGAAAGCACACAGAAUGGCCAUGAGCGCCGUCUUACCGAGCAGGAGGUCGCUGCCUUGUCUCCAAUCGACUUCGUGACCCUGGGCAUGUUUAUCAUAGAUGAGAUCCAUUUCUUACCACCCACGCCGCCAGUUCAGGACAUCCUCGGCGGCGCCGGAUCUUACGGCGCCCUCGGAGCCCGCCUCUUCUCGCCGCCCCCCGACGCCUCGUCCGUCGGCUGGAUCGUCGAUCAAGGCUCCGACUUUCCACAGUCACUAACUAACAUCAUCAAUACUUGGGAGACAUCUGUAGUGUUUCGCGAGAACCCUGACCGUCUUACAACGCGCGGCUGGAACGGCUACGAGACAGCUGAGAGGCGCGCAUUCAAAUAUACCACUCCCAAGAAACGCCUCACCGCCCAAGAUUUGACCCCUCACCUGCUACUCUCUAAAUCUUUCCACCUCAUCUGUUCCCCGACGAGAUGCAAGGAUCUAGUAGGUGAUAUUACAUCAGCUCGCAAGCGCGUAUGCCCGUCUGACCUGUAUACAAAACCUAUCUUUAUCUGGGAACCCGUGCCUGACCUCUGCACCCCUGAUGAGCUACUGAACUGCACAAACACUCUGCCGCUGGUUGAUAUUUGCAGCCCAAACCAUUCAGAGUUGGCAGGCUUCAUGGGUGAUGACGGCCUGGAUCCCGAGACUGGUGCCAUCUCAAAAUCAGCCGUUGAGAGAUCAUGUGAGCAGCUUUUGGCUAGCAUGCCUCUUCAGUCCUUCACCCUUGUUGUACGCGCAGGCGAUAAGGGCUGCUAUGUCGCACGAAAUGGCGGCCGUAAGCGUCAACCUGCUACACGUGACGGCGCGGGUACAAAGCGCCGCAAGAAGGACUAUACAAGGGGGGGUCUCCGGCCAGAUACCGAUAUGGAGGCUUUGUUCGCCGGCCUGCUGCAAGACGACGAAGGAGUCGUUGUGAGAGAAGAAAUCGAGGUUGACGCGGGCACGGAGACAUGGAUCCCAGCCGUCCACCAGGACCCCACCAAAGUAGUAGAUCCAACCGGUGGAGGCAAUACCUUCCUGGGCGGUCUUGCUGUCGCACUUGCGAGGGGUAAGAGUGUCGAAGAGGCCGCAAUAUGGGGUAGCGUAGCAGCCAGUUUUGCCAUUGAACAAGUCGGCGUGCCGACCCUGGGCGAAGAUGCCGAUAGCAAGGAAACAUGGAACGGCGUUCGAGUACGAGAUCGACUUGCCGACUUUCAAUCUAGGUUGUGA